AUGGCGGAGGCGGGAAAAGAGCACGCGGGUUUCGGGCUCCCGGGAGGAGAUGCGGCACAGUGGCCUCUGCAGCGGUAUGCCCGCUUCAUGCCCUCGGGCACUGGAGAGCUACCUGGGCCUGGCCAGGAAGCUGGCACAGCCUCUUCCCCAACAUGGAAGGUUUUUGACUCCAGUGAAGAAUCUGGGCAUCUUGUUCUCACCAUAGUUAUAUCGGGUCAUUUCUUCAUUUCCCAAGGACAGACACUGUUGGAAGGGUUUUCACUCAUUGGUAGCAAGAACUGGUUGAAGAUUGUAAGACGCGUGGAUUGUCUGUUGUUUGGAACAACGAUAAAGAACAAGAGUCGUAUGUUCCGGGUGCAGUUUAGUGGAGGCUCAAAGGAGCAGGCGCUGGAACACUGCUGCAGCUGCGUGCAGAACCUGGCCCAGUACCUCACUGUCCAGGUGCCUGACGGAAUCAGCCAGGAGCUCAGGCUGAGUCCUCGCCCACUGUGGACAGGUGAAAGCCAACGGAAGGGCUGUGUGCAGAGCAUCCCACCACAGCAUGACUCACACCAGAACCUGGAGCAGCAACAGUGGGUACCAGCUGGCACAGGCACUCCAAGAGGAAGGACCUCAGUGGCCUGGUUAGCUCAGUCUCUCCUGGCAUCAGAGGAGCUGCCCGUGGUCUAUGAACAAUCUGCAUGGAACACAGAAGAGUUAGGCCCCUUUCUACGCUUGUGCCUCAUGGAUCAGAAUUUCCCAGCAUUUGUGGAAGAGGUGGAAAAGGAACUAAAAAAGCUGACAGAGCUGAGCAAUUAA